GCCACAAAAACAAACUUCCAGGGUGGAUCACCGACUGACGUCUACCCGUCCCUCCCUUCAGUUUCAGUUCAGUCAAAUCAUAGCGACCUGACAGCCAGGGUUAGUUACAUGCGUCUUUUAGUUGGAGAGCAAUUAGCAGCUUCUGUCUCCGUUUGGUAAGCCCCGGGGAAGAAAAGAACAUCUGGGAGAGUCGUCUCCUAACCGAAAUCAGCUAACGUGUCGGCAAACGAGCCCCAGCGACCCAGAAAACACACAGAUGGACGAAAAGGCGUUUACGAAAGAAAUUGAUCAGUGGAUCGAGCAGCUGAACGAAUGCAAACAGCUAUCAGAGGGACAAGUAAAAACACUAUGUGAAAAGGCAAAGGAGAUUCUGACCAAGGAGUCAAACGUGCAAGAAGUGAGAUGUCCGGUGACAGUGUGCGGCGACGUCCACGGGCAGUUCCACGACCUCAUGGAGCUGUUCAAGAUCGGAGGCAAAUCUCCAGACACAAACUAUUUGUUCAUGGGAGACUAUGUAGACAGAGGGUACUACUCCGUAGAAACUGUCACUUUACUAGUAGCACUUAAGGUACGCUACCGAGAGCGCAUCACAAUCCUCAGAGGGAACCACGAGAGCAGACAGAUCACACAAGUGUACGGCUUCUAUGAUGAGUGCCUAAGGAAAUAUGGUAAUGCCAACGUUUGGAAGUACUUCACAGACCUGUUUGAUUAUCUCCCCCUCACCGCCUUGGUAGACUCUCAGAUUUUCUGCCUCCAUGGAGGCCUGUCACCGUCCAUAGAUACCUUGGAUCACAUCAGAGCGCUGGAUCGUUUGCAAGAAGUUCCACACGAGGGUCCCAUGUGUGACCUGCUUUGGUCAGAUCCUGAUGACCGUGGUGGCUGGGGCAUCUCCCCUCGAGGAGCUGGCUACACUUUUGGCCAGGACAUCUCUGAGACUUUCAACCAUGCCAACCGCCUCACACUGGUGUCCCGUGCCCACCAGCUGGUUAUGGAGGGUUACAACUGGUGCCAUGAGAGGAAUGUGGUGACAAUAUUUAGUGCUCCUAACUACUGCUACCGCUGCGGCAACCAGGCAGCUAUCAUGGAACUGGACGACACCCUCAAAUACUCAUUCUUGCAGUUUGAUCCUGCGCCUCGCAGAGGGGAGCCUCAUGUCACUCGCCGCACCCCAGACUACUUCCUGUAAACUCUGACCUUUGCCCCUUGUACAGUCAGGUCCAGUAUUGCCAUGAUAUAUGACCUUCAACCUUUAACAAUAUGAAUGAGGAAGGGGAGGGUGGGAAACUGCAGCAGUGCACAUUGUAUAUCCACACAAAGACCUAUUUAAGCAUUUAGCAAAAACAAUGUCUGUGUGUCUAUGGAUGGACCAAAAGGUGUGUGCCAUAAUCAUUACAAUAUUAAUUGCUGAGGACUUUGUAUUGAAAAUCUCCCCACUAUGUAAAACAACAGAGAUGUUUAAAUAUCUCGUCCUGUCCCUGUGUAGCUGGACUGAUGGCACCCGAGAUCCAAGAGAAAAAUCUACUACUUUGAAUGCGGCUGUUUGAACCCCAUAUGCCAUGGCUUACAUUUAGGAGAUCUGAACGUGAUCUGUUUGCACUUUUGUAAAUCUAAAGAAAUGUAACAUAUGUCAAAAGACAGAAAUUAUUUCACACUACAAAUGUUUUUCUUGUUUUGUUUUUGAUUUUUUUUUUUUUUAAGUACAUAUAAAGCCCCCCCAUCAGACAAGUUUUACACAAAGUUUCUUUGUCCUGUGUAACUUAUAAGGAAAUCUCUUCUUAUGCAGCUUGGUGUAUAUGAUAGAUGAUGGAGUGUUCAUCCACAUCAACUCACUGACUCCCUCUGAACUACAGUCUGUAUUAACCAAACCAUUUGAAUAAUAAAGAUGAAAGUGGCUCCUUGA